AUGAUGCCUCCGUCAGACUCUUUGCGACAUCACCUAAAUAAGCUCGCUGAAGUCCGAGCAAAUCGCAAUGCUUCUUCUAUAUCUAACUCUACACCUACCUCUACUUCUACUCCCAAUUCCACUCCAGGCACAGCCCCACCUCCAUACACAUUAUCUGUCACUAGACCUAGUGGCACGACUAUCAUGAGCGUCGAUCAGCACGACAUGGAUGAUCCGUGGGCCUCCCCAAUUAAUAUUUACAUUGACAAUUCAAUCACCGUAUUUGGUGAUGAAAACGCAAUCACGGUGUCGUCUCCUGGAUCCUGUUUUCCCAAUGAUCUUCCUCAUCAGGAGGCCCAGGCAUCCCCUCGCCUGACCUCUAUGGCAGCUGUCAUCAUUGCUGCGCUGGGUCGCGCCAACGCUCUCAAUGAUGAUAUGGGCUACCCUCGGCCCAUCAAUAUUCGCACUCACGCGGGCAUUCGGGUGAAUGGCCGAAACAACGGCAUUUCCGUCCGGGGCGAGGUCCACAAGUCUCAGAAUGAGACUGGGUUAGCUGACCCUGAGGCCGGAGAAAGCAACAGGCGCAAGCGCCGUGCUAGCUCGGAGCCUGUUGGAACUCCGCCGGCUCGGCGAUCUCGUUCAUCUUGA